ACCUCCACCGCACACAAGUGCGUGUCAGGCCCACAACAGCCAGAAGUGUGUGUGGUGGGUAGCGCGAUUAUCGUGUUUCUGCCGACGAAAUCACUGGCCCCCCUAUUCUUGUGGGGUGAAGAGAGAGAGAGCUCCUUGAGAGCGAGAAGCAAUAGGCAAGCACACCUUCCUGGAGAGAAACAUGACGACAGACCUCCGGCCACGCUUUGUCCUCUCUCUCUGCUUGCUGUUGGACCCAUGCGGUUCGUUCUUGCACAGCAGUCGCGGUGUUGGUUGUCUUCCAUGCCCUCGACUGGUCCAGCGCUCGCCACUUCCUCGCGGCCAGAGGCUCUCCGCAACGAUGUCGUCGGUGCCGGCGGUUGGGCAGAAGAAAGCGAAGCGAGAGCCGCCCCGUCUGCUCGAGAACUUGGAGGUGGGCGAGAGGUUAAAGGGCGUGGUGGUGACCGAGCUGGACGGGACAAGCGGCAAGAAGGCGUGGGUGAGAGUCGGGGUGAUGCGGCGCGCCAAGGGGGGCAAGUUCUCGCACGUGGACGGCAUGAUCCGGCUGAACAAGGAGAAGGGGCUCAAGCCGAAGAAGGUGGCGGUCGACAAGCCAGUCACCGUCUACGUCAGCAAGGUGAUCGAGGCUGAGGGACGGUUAGAAGUAUCCCUUCGUGCCCCCAAGCCCCUCGCUCCCAUCGUUGACACCUCAACCCUGAAGCCGCUCGCGGACCUCAAGCACGGCGAGGAGCUCACCGGCGUCGUCAAGACGGUUACUCAAUUCGCGGCGUUCGUCCAGUGCGGCGUCGGCCGACCCACACGGCGAAAACGCCGGGACGGUAAACCCAUGGUAAUGGAGGAGGUGGACGGGUUCUUGGGGAAGGACGACGUCCCGGAGGACGCUGCGCUCUCGGCGCAGCUCGUCAAGACCCAGGACCAGACUAACAUUAUUUCAGAGGGGGACAGGGUGAAAGUGUUCGUCAAGGAAACAUUUCCCGGUAACGGUAGGUUCCACGUUACCCUGGACCCUAACGUCUCGGCCGAAGACCUGAGGCGGAUGAAGAACGAGGUACAGAAGAAGAAGUCCAAGUUUGCCAGGAGGAAAGAGACGGGGGAUCUGGUGGAGGGAGAGGAGAUACUUGGAGGCAUCGUGAGGGUAUUGGAGUUUGGGUUCUUCGUUGAUGUCGGUGCGAAAGCUAAUGGCCUGGUGCACAUUUCUUCGAUCAGCGAGAAGGAGAACAGGUACCUGGACAACCUCAAUGAGUUCGCGAGUGUGGGGGACAAGAUGUACGUCAGGGUUAACGGAGUCGACGAAGAGGGGCGGCUGUCGCUGGCCUAUGCUGCGAGGGAAAAGGACAGACCGAAACCCCCGAACCGGCGGGAAAGGAGGCGUGCAGCGAGAGGGGACCAAGGGGCCGCGGAGAACAAGGGAGAUGAAGGCACCCAAGAGGAGGAGGAGGACGACAAGGAUGGAGGCUUUUUGUUCGAGCCUUCUUCCGCGGGGAGCGGGGGCAGCGUGGACGACGACGAAGAAGCCGAGUUUGAUAUCUUCGAGGACAUGUAG